GACCGGAGUCAGUAAUUGAAGCGGGAGACCAUAGGUGUGAUGCGACCGGUUCGUGUGAGACAGUUUUUACGAGAAUACGGAUUUCAUGGGGUUGAGAGAGUUGGUGGCUUGCAAUUGGACUGGGCUUUGAUCACAGCUCUAGUGGAGAGAUGGAGGCCCGAGACCCAUUCAUUCCAUCUUCCCUUCGGAGAGGUUGGAAUUACUUUGCAGGAUGUAGAGGUUUUGCUUGGAUUGCCCGUAGAUGGCAAUCCAUUGGCGGGGAUGACAGGCCGAUCCAGAGAUCAGUGGAUUCAGAUUUGUGAGGACAUGAAGGGAUUUAGGCCUCGAACAUCCGACAUUACUUCUACUAUGAUUAAGAUGUCUGCCAUUGUUCCUAAGGAACUAACAGAUCAGAGUUUAGAUGUAGAUUACUUGCAGCAUGCUAGAGCCAUUAUGUUUAAGUUGUUGGGUGGUAGCCUAUUUCCCAACACGACCAGAAAUAGGGUUAGUUUGUAUCUUUUAGAGAUUAUCAUGGGUGACGCAAACAUUGUGCGAGGUCGUGCGAUUGGUUCGGCAGUACUCAGUUACUUGUACCGUAGUAUGUGUCGUGCUAGUGCGACGAGUGCAGCACAGAUAGGAGGUUGUCUAGUCUUGUUACAGCUUUGGGCUUGGGAGCGUCUGCCUAUGACUAGACCUAGAGGGGUUAUACCAUUGGAUCAGCUGGUAGAUGUCCCAUAUGGAGUCAGAUGGAUGUGCUACCAUCGAUGGUCAGAUUGUACCACACACUCCAUACGAGCAUACAGGGACCAGCUUGACAGAUUGCUCGAGGGAGAGUUUGUUUGGAUGCCGUAUCCGAAUCUCGAGACCCUACCGCCCUAUUGUUCAGCUGGAGUCGGAAUAUGGAUCUCUAAAAUCCCCUUGAUCUAUGCGUACGUAGUGGAGAUGUACUAUCCUGAUCGCUUUUGCAGGCAGUUUAAUGCCCUACAACACGUCCCUCAAGUUGUUGUCUACGAUCGUCAUCUACAUCAAAUUAAGUCAAAUGUUAUGCAAAUUGGCGAUGGUGAGAGACAGUAUUUAGAGAUGUGGGAGGGGCGUUAUGACGCUACAGUGCAUAUGGAGUUUGGGAUGGUGGAUGCCACACCGCAGUAUCGUCAGUGGUACUACCUUCGCGGUCGACGACAGAUAGGGAACCCUGCCCAUCCCAAACUGGAGCUACAGACAGCAUUAUACUGUAUGGCGGAUUGCAGUCAACGCCUUGAUCCUGGUAGGCAUCCAGAUGGGUUUAUACCUUCGCACGAGGUAUUGAGAGUUCAUGAGUUGUUAACAGAGUGUGUUCGUGCUCUGGGACAUGCAUCUAUCCUUGAUCACCCACAAGAGCAGCAUGCCUACAACCCAGGACAUAUCAGGAGACGGGUAGAUAGAAGGCGUGAUGCACCUGCUGUCGGAGUCCGACGUGGAGGACGGGGUAGUCGGAGGUUGCAGGUCGAUGAUGAAGAUGUACACAUCCCCAUUCAAUCUCCCCCUAUGACCCAGGAUGAUGAUGAUGAAGAUGAUGCUCAUUGGAAUGGUGAGAUACAAACCCUUAAUAGUGAAGUUCAAUACUCUGAGCUUCCGAAAAAGUCUUUGUUGUUUAAUUCUGAUAUCUCCUACGACACCUUUCUUGGUCAAAUUACUAGUGAUGUUCUUGAAGAUGGAUUCCAGGGCGUGGAAUCUGUCUAUGGUAAAUUCCCCAGACAUCAAUCUGGGGUUUAUGUUGGUUCACGACCUCUCCCAAUAAACGAUGAACCAACAUGGAGGCAUUUUAUACGGAAAGCAUCACGUGAAUACGAUGUAGUUGAAGUAUUCAUCGGGGUGUCCAAAAAUGUUGAGGAGGAAACGGAUGGUAAUCCAUUCUUUCACCAACAAAUGGAUCAACCCUCUUCAUCCCAUUUCCCUCAACAUGUUGAUGGCGAUCCAGAUGAUGCUGAGUAUAUUGCACCCUCAACGGAAGAUGAGAAAUCUUCUGAAGAUGAAGAGGACAUAUCUACAGAUGAAGGAGAAGAUGGCCAGGACAUUCGUGCAAUACCACAAUUACAUGACCGGCAAAGUCACGUACCAAAUAUGCCGUUGAGGCCAACGUUCCACAUCCCAAUUAUUGAGGUCGGCAACAGGUAUCCUUCUUUCCAAAGUCUACAACAAGCUGUGUCUUUACGGAACAUUGCGGAGCAUAGACACUUUCACACAGAAGCGAAACGGAGCCGCUAUUGGAAAGCACGUUGUGUAUAUGCCCCGCAAUGCACUUGGUUCAUACAAGCAGCAGAGAAUGCUGGGUGUAGUAUAUGGACCAUAAAGCAAUAUCAGGGGUACCACCAGUGUAGGCCGGAUUACACGCGAGCUAAGGACGACAAAUUAUUAACUAGUGAGCUCAUUAGUGGCCUGAUUGGUCCUAAAAUUGAAGAAGAUGCUGAUUAUAAAGUCAAACUCAUAAUGAGGGAUGUUUAUGAGUUGUUCCAAGUAUCCGUCUCCUAUAAGAAGGCAUGUUGUGCAAAGUCAUUGGCCAUUCAACGAUUGUACGGUAGUUGGGAGGACUCAUACAACAAGCUGGCUCCUUUGCUCGGUGCAAUAAUGGGAUCAAACCAGGGGACAGUUGUGGAUUUGCAAACCCUACCUACGAAUGCACCGACUACAUUUCAGUUCAGGCGAACCAAUGGAUAUUUGUGGCAACAAUCUGGGUAUAAUUUUCCAAUGAAUGUGUGGAAAAAGAUCAAGCACAAUGAAGAAAAUAGGCUUUAUUGUCGUGUUGUGCAGCACCACGCACAACAUGGGAUAUACUCUGUGGUUGUGGAUGGGUCCUUCAACAAUGGUCACCGCGAGACAUUUGCGGUGAAUUUAAAUGCACGGACAUGUACUUGUGGAUAUUGGUCCUACAUCAACGCUUAUUCGGGCAUCCUAAUGCCGCUUCCAGAUGAGGCCAACUGGCCUACUCCAGGAUACGAGAUUGUGAGACCAACUGCACGAGCGAGAACACAAACCGGUCGACCAACAAGAACUCGCUACCCGAAUAACAUGGACUACCGACCACGACGACGUCGCAAUGAACAAUAGCUAUAUCAUGGAUUUCAAAUGUUCAAGUUUAUGUUUUCUGAUUUUAACAAAAUAAAUUAGUUAUGUCAUGUGUUUUGUAUCCUAAAUUUUAUGGAUAAAUUUUAUGUACUCUAUCAAUAAAUGUGUUGUAAUUUA